GGCCGGAUGGCCGGGGGGUGGUGGUCGUCGUGGGGCCGGGCCGGCCUGCUGCGGGACCAGGUGGCCAUCGUCACCGGCGGCGGCACCGGCAUCGGGAAGGCCGUCGCCGCCGACCUGCUCCACCUCGGGUGUAAUGUCGUCAUCGCCUCUCGUAAAUUCGACCGACUCAAAUCUGCCGCCGAAGAGCUGACUUCGAAGCUCUCAUCAGACAGCUCGGUCCGAGUCACCCCUGUCCAGUGUAAUAUCCGCAAAGAAGAAGAGGUGAACGCUCUGGUCCAAACGACACUCGACCUCCAUGGCAAGAUCAACUUCCUGGUGAACAAUGGAGGCGGCCAGUUCCUCAGUCCCGCCAACAGCAUCACUGCCAAGGGUUGGCACGCGGUCAUCGAAACCAACCUCACUGGGACCUUCUACCUCUGCAAAGCAGUUUACAACUCCUGGAUGAAGGAUCACGGAGGGUCUAUCGUCAACAUUAUCGUCAUGUUGCAGAAUGGAUUUCCUGGCGCCGUGCAUUCUGGAGCAGCAAGGGCGGGCGUGGCCAACAUGACCAAGACCUUGGCCUUGGAAUGGGCCUCCAGCGGAGUGAGGAUCAAUUGUGUGGCACCUGGAGCGAUUUUUUCUCAGACCGCCAUGGACAACUAUAAAGAAAUAGGAAAAGAAAUGUUUGGAAGGAGUUCUUUGAACUGCCCAGCCAAAAGAUUAGGAGUUCCUGAAGAGGUUUCUCCUCUGGUGUGUUUCCUCCUGUCUCCUGCUGCUUCCUAUAUUAGUGGACAGACGAUAAAUGUGGAUGGAGGAAGUAGCCUGUACACACGUUGGUGGGAAAUACCAGAUCACGACAACUGGCCCGUUGGGCCGGGUGAUCUCAGCACCGUGAAGAAGAUGAAGGCUUCUUGGCUCUCACGGUCCAAGCUGUAAAAGCCAGCUCCCCGCCGGCCCCUUCCCCGGAGGGGGCCCAGAGGCGGGCGGAGCCUUUAGGCCGCGAUUCCCAAUCCUGAGGAACCCACAGGGAACCCACACGAUCUCCUGGUGCUCCCGGUUCGACUCCCGGAGGGAGGCCUGUGACGAUGUGGAUCGCUCACGUGGCCUGAACGUGAGCUUCCCAACAGACACGCCCAUUGCGCACUCUCCGCGUCCCACUUGAGGGGCACCUCCUGCAGUUCACGCAUUUUUCCUUUCUCGGGGAUUUUCCACUUCUGAUAAAAGAAGGGGUGAGACAGUCCUCCAGUUGAUUCUUCCCUCUGGGGUGCGAUGAGUUAAUCAGUCAAUCAAUCGAUCAAUGGUAUUUGUUGAUAAAAAAUAAUUGGGGUACUCGUUAAGCGCUAUGUG